AUGGCGGAUACAGCGACCACAGCAUCGGCGGCAGCGGCCAGUGCCGCCAGCGCCGAGACCGAUGCACCUCCUUUCCAGCUGGGCAAGCCCCGCUUCCAGCAGACAUCCUUCUAUGGCCGCUUCAGGCACUUCUUGGAUAUCAUCGACCCUCGCACGCUCUUUGUCACUGAGAGACGUCUCCGAGAGGCCGUGCAGCUGCUGGAGGACUAUAAGCACGGGACCCUGCGCCCGGGGGUCACCAAUGAGCAGCUCUGGAGUGCACAGAAAAUCAAGCAGGCUAUCCUACACCCGGACACCAACGAGAAGAUCUUCAUGCCCUUUCGAAUGUCAGGUUACAUUCCUUUUGGGACGCCAAUUGUGGUCGGUCUUCUUUUGCCCAACCAGACACUGGCAUCCACCGUCUUCUGGCAGUGGCUGAACCAGAGCCACAAUGCUUGUGUCAACUAUGCAAACCGCAACGCUACCAAGCCUUCACCUGCAUCCAAGUUCAUCCAGGGCUACCUGGGAGCUGUCAUCAGUGCCGUCUCCAUCGCUGUGGGCCUUAAUGUCUUGGUUCAGAAAGCCAACAAGUUCACCCCGGCCACCCGCCUUCUUGUCCAGAGAUUUGUGCCCUUCCCCGCCGUAGCCAGCGCCAACAUCUGCAACGUGGUCCUGAUGCGGUACGGGGAGCUGGAAGAAGGGAUCGAUGUAAUGGAUGGUGAUGGCAACCUCGUGGGCUCCUCCAGGAUCGCAGCCAGACAUGCCCUGCUGGAGACGGCGCUGACGCGAGUGGUCCUCCCCAUGCCCAUCCUGGUGCUCCCUCCAAUCGUCAUGUCCAUGCUAGAGAAGACGGCUCUCCUGCAGGCGCGCCCCCGGCUGCUCCUCCCUGUGCAAAGCCUCGUGUGCCUGGCAGCCUUCGGCCUGGCCCUGCCUCUGGCCAUCAGCCUCUUCCCGCAGAUGUCAGAGAUCGAAACAUCCCAGUUAGAGCCUGAGAUUGCCCGGGCCACCAGCAGCCGGACAGUGGUGUACAACAAGGGGCUGUGA